GUUGUAUUGUCAAUGACGUUGCUUGGAAACGUGGUGGCGCCAUUUUAUGUUUGAAACGUUCGUGAUUAAGUUGCGGCAUUUUAUAAACGAUCAGACUGUAUAUCUAUUAUUAGCAGUCAUGAAUGUUGAUAUUCAAUGUCGUUAAAGGAUAAAAAGUCACUGUUGGCGGUGUUUGACGGUUUCCGGUCACCUUUCGGCUGCGGCGGUCAUAGAUAUUAUGACAAACUUCUGAACAAAUUGCAUAUUAACGAAUUUCCCGACAAGCCGAGUACACCGGAAAUUAAUCUGAUCAAGACAUGGGAUGUUUUCCGGCAAACGUUUAUCGACGAAUGUUUUAACAAGGGUAGCAGUAAGAAAUGGACGGCCGUACCGUUCCUGGACAUAGUGGACAGUCCAUGUGCCGCCGGCUCGGUGAUCUUGUGCACAAACCGUGAUUUUAAACAAAGAAUACUCAUGCAGCCCAAACCAGCUUUCUUUGCCGGAGUUGCCAGUGACUUCUAUCCUGAAGGGAGGACAUACAUGAUGAUGCCAAUGAUACCGAAAACGAACACUCUACACUGGCGGAACUUCUUUCGAGUGUAUCAGUCGAGGCACUCCGAGAAAGCGGUUAUGAUCUCACUGACAGUCGAGGACAAGCGUGAAAUAAAUGACCAGCUCAGGCCCACCAAUGUGCUGUUAGACUUGGACAACUUCGAGGAUACCGGCUUUCAGCACAAGUACUGUUAUGUCGUCACCAACGUUAUUACGGCUAGAAGUCUAAAAAUAGAAGUGACAGAAGAUGGGGAGGUUUUCCACGAGGCGGAGUACACCGCCGCCGUGCCGAUUUGCUUCCAGGCCGCAAAAGUGCAGCUGUACAAAGAAUCAUGCGGGCUUCUUAAGAAGAUCGAACCAAUCACCAAGGUCCUGGAUUUAAACUACAGGCGACGUCGCAACUGGCAGAACUUCCUGAAUGCUUUCAUUCCAAACCAAAAUAGAUUAGGACAUUCCUCAGGUGACUUCCCAAAUUCGGUGCCUUCUCGAAGGUUUACGGUGUUAAAAUCCUACCGUCCACAAAUACUUCCGCGGAAAGAUCGACGCAAAAACAACUGUGUGUGGUACUUUGACACUGAAUGCGAACUAAAUUCACUCCGAUACAAUUUCCGUCGGGACAGGCAAUUGAAUCGAAACUUGCUUUUAGCAAAAUAUUUCAUUAAGCCGAAUGAAGAAGAAAAAGACGGCGAGGAUGGCACUGAUGAAAAAAAUGACACCAAUGGUGAGGAUGGCGUUGCUGACGACGACGACGACGACGAAGACGACGACGACGACGAUGACGAUGAUGAUGAUGAUGAGGAAGCGGAGGAGGAAGAAGAAGAUGAUGAUGACGACGACGUUGUGAUAAAAGAUCCGUACGCAUAUUACCCGACACCUAACCGCAAGUCAGUAGAGUAUGAAGAUUUCGAAUGGUAAAAGACUUCUUGCUUUUUUUUGAGUGUUUGUUUUCUUGAAAAAUAAAGAUAAUCUAGA